AUGCGAGGAGAGUACUUUGAUUCUGUCAGCUGCUUGAUUACCUUCUCUCAGUCUUCGAUGGAGACAUCUCCUGUGGAAACGGUUCAGUUCCGCCAGACACUUGUGCGGCUUGUUAGCCACAUGCACGAGUCAGCCUUGGAUGAGAUUGCUGGAUGUCGCGAUCGGUUUCCUACGAUUGACAAGCAUUCGUUGGAUGAUGGGACAUUGGGCUUCACGCAGACGUGUCAGGACAAGUAUGGCUGGAACAGAGUCUGUGCCCUUCAGCAUAUGGUCCAAGUUUUAAUUACGCACAAUCUUCACACGGGAGUCCUGAAUAUACCUCCUCCCAUCCUCUCCCGGGUCUACCAGACGCUGUCCAGAGGGCUGGUGAACCUACUGAAUGCUGUGAAGAUCAGAGACACCAGUUUCCCGUUCCCAUGGGCUCAGCUGAUCAUGUUGCUUCUUGUGAUCCACUCUAUUUGUACACCUGUCGUGAUCAUCUCCAUCACAGAUUCUUUGUAUUGGGCCCUGCCUGUGGGCUUCAUACCCAUCUUCGGCAUGGUUGCGCUGAACAUGGUAGCAUCUGAAUUGGAGAUGCCAUUUGGCGUGGAUGAUAACGACUUACCUCUCCAACAUUUUCAGCGCGAGAUGAACCAGGGCCUCCUUUUACUCAUGCACGAACAUGCCGACCAUUUGCCUCGCACCCGGGCCAGCGCUCCGCAAUCGGUGGAGAAGCUCAUGAAUUUCACGCUGGGCAAGAAGGUGCGGAGCUUGUCCAGAUACCAAAGCCAAUCAUUGGACGACCUGGACACUGUCAUUAACCAAGACUCUGAGGAUUCCCUUAGGGAGGCAAAACAGCGCCCCGGGGUCGAGGAAGAGAAGGAGGAGGCAAGCAAAGCUGUGCAUUUUCCUGUCCAGGAAGUCCCCAAGACAGGGGUUUCUGAAGCACAGCUCGACAAGGAGUUGGCGACUAUCACUGAAAAUUCCCAAGCGCUCGCCAGCUUCGCCGAUCAGUUAGCUCCAGUGUUGAUAGAUCACGAAGAAGCCUUGCUCAAGCUAAUGAGUGCCUUGCCGCAGCUUGAAGCUGCUUUUCGGGGCGUCCAAGUUACCGUGCAGACCAUCUAG